AAUCUACUACGCAAGUGACAUAACGCUCUCAGAUAACUGAUGAUAAAUUUAUAUUUUAUAACUGUCCGGCGUGUUUUAAAUUUCACAAAAGUCAUGAUUUUCCUCAUCACAUUCAUCUUUUUUAUUAACUCUUCUAUCAUCAUUUGUGAUGCACACUAUGAUUAUUUGGUUAAAAGAAUUAUUGGAGGAAAAGUUGCCGACAUAAAUCACAUUCCAUAUAUGGCGGCUAUUUUUCAUGACGAAAACUACAGAUGUGGAGCUGUCAUUAUAGACAAGUUAUGGCUUAUAACUGCCUCACAUUGUGUACAAGAAUUGCAAUCUGAUUAUACAGUUCGAUUAGGAACAUCAUAUAAAUAUUAUGGCGGUGAAGAACACAAAAUUGAUAAAGUGAUACGAUAUCGUGAAAAAUAUAGUAAACGAGAUGAUGCAGGCUAUAAUGAUGAUAUUGCCUUAAUUAAGUUAGAUAUUCCAAUUGAAAUUAAAGAAAAGCAAAGUCCAAUUCUAUUGGCGAAAUUCGAUGACUUGCCAGUUGGUCGUAAAAUACAAAUUUCCGGAUUUGGAGUUACAAGUGAAAAUGGUCUUGCAUCGAAUGUUUUGAGAACUGCUUUUGUACCAAUAAUAGAUGAGGAUGAGUGUAAAAAAAUCUAUUCAAAUAAUCCUUUAAAUGAUGAUCGUGUAUUUUGUGCUGGAUUUGUAAAAACCGGUGGUGUCGAUAGUUGUUUUGGUGAUUCUGGUGGUCCAGCAGUUUUAAAUGGGAAAUUAAUAGGAAUUGUAAUGGGAGGUGAUGGUUGUGCACGUCCUGGAUAUCCUGGUAUUUAUACAAAAAUAUCAGCCUUUUAUAAUUGGAUUAUAAAAAAUAUUGAUCAAUUUAAAUAUUUCGAAUAAAUAUGUAAUAAUUCGAAAAUUAUUCUUUGACAAGGAAAAAUAAAUGUUCAAAAUUUGUUACAAACUUUUUUGUAAUAAAAUAAAAAGUAUGGUAUCCUUAAAAAAAAUAAAAAAAUUUUAUUAAAUUUUUGAGUCAAUAGUAACGAUUUGUCGUUUUUGUAUUUAUAAACAAA